GAUGGUUGCCUGCCCUCGACCCACUCGUCUGGUUUCCCCCUUUCAGAUUCGUCGUCGUGGCCAGGCAGAGCCUCUUCACAGCCCAGGGUCUACGACGACGUAGGAGCUAGGAACAGGUUAAGCCAUACUCCGUAGCAAGGCUGAGAAUCUCCGAACUCGUGCCCCUCCUGCGCCCCCCCCCCGGGGGGCCACUAUUUAUAUUUGAUCCGUCAGCCUGCCCCCAUCAUUUCCCCCCCAGCUGCGCGGGAAACAUCAUAUCCACCACCAUGAAGUCCACCACCCUCUUAUCGUUGGCUUGGGCCACCCAGUCGGCCUAUGCGGCCUCUCUCCACCAGCGCGAUGAACCCGCGACUCUCGCCCUCAACUUUGAACGUCGUCAGAUCGCCGACCGUCCGCGACGGAAGCGAUCGAUGGCCUCGGCCGAGCUGGUCAACUUGGCGGCCAAUCUUGGCUACACCAUGAAUCUGACCCUCGGUACCCCCGGACAAAAAGUCAGCGUCACUCUGGACACCGGUAGCAGCGACCUCUGGGUUAACGCCGGCAACUCGAGCGCCUGCCCCUGUACCGACUAUGGCACCUACAACUCGAGCGACUCCUCCACCUAUGUCUACGUGAACGACGAUUUUGAAAUCCAAUACGUCGACAACAGCGAAGCCUCGGGCGACUACGUCAAUGAUACCCUCCAGUUCGCCAACGUGACCUUGACGGAUUUCACCUUUGCCGUCGCCUACGACAGCGACAAGGGCGUCUUUGGUAUCGGAUACGCUGCCGACGAAGCCAGCGAGGCCACCGGCUACGGCUCCUACACCAACUUCCCCGAAGCCCUCGUGGACCAAGGCAUCAUCAACUGGCCGGCCUACAGUCUAUGGCUGGACGAUCUGGACUCGGGUGAAGGAACCAUCCUCUUCGGCGGUGUCAACACAGCCAAAUACUACGGCAGCCUGAAAACUCUCCCCAUCAUCCCCGAGAGCGACGGGUACGGCGAUGAGGUGUACGCCGAGUUCGCCGUCAACCUGACCGCCGUGCACCUGGAACAGAGCGGCAAGGCCGUCUCCGUCAACAACACGGUCCAGCAAUUCCCCAUCGCGGCCGUCCUCGACAGCGGCACCGCCCUGGCCUACAUCCCCUCCGCUGCUGCCGAGAGCAUCUUCACCGCCGUGGGCGCCGAAUACUCCAGCGACUAUGGCUACGCCCUGGUCGACUGCAGCGUCAAGAACGAAGAUUUCACCUUCUACUUCGAAUUCGCCUCUGAAUUCAACAUCACCGUCGAUAUCAGCGAGAUGGUCAUCGAAGACGAAGGCGUCUCCAACAUCUGCACCUUUGGCCUGUCCAUCAUCGACGAUGAGGCCCUCCUCGGCGACACCUUCCUCCGCAGCGCCUACGUGGUCUACGAUCUCGGCAACAACGAGAUCUCCAUCGCCCAGGCCAACUUCGACCCAGGCACCGACCACGUCCUGGAGAUCGGCACGGGAUCCAACGCCGUGCCCAACGCCACGGGCGUUGCGCAGUCGUCGAGCGGGUCGAAGACCGGCUCCUCCUCUGCCUCGGGCACGAGCUCCACCGACGACAAGAAGAGUCUGGCCACGAUGUCGCGCAGCGACAUCACCUCAUUGGUCGGGGGUCUCCUCAUGGCUAGCCUCUUCCUCACCCUGUAAAUAGAUUGAUGUGAUUGCGUUGCUUCUUGAAGAUAUUUCGCCUUGAUAUCCCUGUUUUUUUUUGAAUAGACGGAUGGUUUGAUGCAUGGCAUGGAGGCAUGAUGGCAUAUUCUUGAUGAUAACUAAUUCUACGACCAAUACCUUGACCGAUCCCUUUGACCUCCA